ACAGAACUAUAUAUGUCAGAAACAGAGUCUUAUUUUCACAGUUUCUAGUGAAAGCAUUCCCGUAUGGACAUCUGCUAAGAGACGAAUUACUUUUUUAAUUUACUUUGUGAAUGAAUUAUUUCAGAUCAUUAACCCUCAAGAUGUCACAAGAUAAUUUAAAUAAUAUCAUAGUGGCCUUCAUAUUUUUGGCGGUCCAUGCGAAUUGUAUUCCCAAAUAUGACGACAGAGGUUUUAUACCAAGUUCGAUAGCUUACAUGGAAAAAAUUGGUAAGGCACAGGAUCAAGUGGCAAUGCCAUCCCAAGCCGAAAUUCGGACUGAUACAUCAAUGAAACAUGAGGAAACUACGAUCAAUGAUAUCUCGGAUCGUAAUCAAGAAGCACGCUUUGGUUUCACUAAUAUUGGAAGUUCUGGUUCUGGUUACGCUAUAUCACCUUAUGCUCCAGCAAAAAUAGAUUUGGGUGGACUUCUCUUAGGUGCUAUUAUAGGAGUCGGUUCCAUUCUCAUCAUUCCAAAAUUAUUAUACGUUCUAUCGGGUACCUACGGAAAUUAUGCGAGAAGCGAAGAAAAUGGUUUUGCACAAUCGAUGACAAAAUUGGACGACGCAUUGGCUCGUCACGGUAUAGAUACAACAUCUUGUAUGCAACGAGCUGUUUGUACUUAUUCUCAACAAGCUGCUGCAGCUGUAAAAGUAGCCGACGAGGAGAACGAAGAUGAAAAGAUAUCUUCUUUCGAUAGAAUGAUAGAUGCGAUAACUACCAAUCAAGUUUUUCGAACAGCCAUGCAAGGGACGGCGAUACAAGAGGCAGUAGAAGCAGGUCAUUCUGGUAAAAAUUGUUCAUAUUCUUAUCCCCAUUGUGGUUUCUCUUUGGAAACAAUGCUAUCGCUCUUAUCAAACAUUAUAACGGCUAUAUCGACGGCGAAUACACGAGCUGCGUCGUCUACAACAUCUCCGUUACUAUAACUAUCUUAUCAUUAGUUAAAUAAAUAUAAUAUCUUUAUUUCUUAAGCUUAUUUGUAUUUGCAACGUCGAAGAGGAAGAAGAAGAAAAAAAAGAAAAAAAAAAAAGAAAAAAAAAGAAAAAAAAAAAAAAGAAAAAAGAAAAGAAGAAACAACAUAUUUAUUUUCGUUUUCUCGACUCUAUCGAUUAAUCUCAAUCCAAGUUUUUAUUUUCCUUUUAUCAUGUGUAUAUAUAUAUAUAUAUAUAUAUUUAUAUACAUAUAUACAUAUAGAGAAAUUGUAUACAUAUAGUAAAGACGAAAUAUUUUCCUGCCAUGAUAUCGUAUAAAGAAUUAUAACUCUUCUCGUGCAUUGAUUUGUGCACUAUAAAUACUCCCUUUUUCUUUGGACAUGAAAAAACUCAAUAUCAUUCGGACAAGAAAAAUAGAGUCGACUAGAGAAUUUAUGAA